CUGGUUUUCUUCCUCCCCAUUUCAUUUUAUAUAUAUAGUUUUUUUAAAAUGUUCUGCAUCAUGACCAAAGUAUUUGUUCUGUGCCUGUGGAUUCUCCUCCGAGUGGAUUCCCUCACGUACCCGGCCGUCAUCCUCCCCCAAGACCCGACUCUCCGCAUCGGCUCCUCGCUCACGGCCAACUGUUCAGUUGCUGCCGACUCGAGCCUGCGAGCCGAAGACCUUUACUGGACUCUGAACGGCCGGCGGCUCCCGUCGCAGACGUACAAGGUCCUCAGCGCCAACACCCUGGGUGUCACGAUCUCUAACCUGAACGGAUCGCAGCAGCAGUCGGGGGACAACCUGGUCUGCCACAGCAAGGAAGGCGGAGGCAUUUUGGCCGGAUCCUGUCUCUAUGUAGGAUUGCCGCCAGAGAAACCGACGAACAUCUCCUGCUGGUCCAAAAAUCUAAAGGACCUCACCUGCAGGUGGGCCCCUGGGACAGAGGGAGAGACUUACCUGCACACCAAUUACACCCUGAAGUACAAAUUGAGGUGGUACGGGCGAGACAACGUCUGCCGGGAAUAUCACACGGCCGGGCCCUACACCUGCCACAUCCCAAAGGACUUGGCGCUCUUCACGCCCUACGAGAUUUGGGUCGUAGCCACCAACCGGCUGGGGGAAUCCACGUCCGACGUGGUCAUGCUGGACAUUGUGGACGUAGUCACGACCGACCCGCCCUCAGACGUCCACGUCAACCGCGUCGGCGACCUCGAGGACCAACUGAGUGUCCGCUGGAGUGCCCCUCCGGCCCUGAAGGACUUCCUCUUCCAAGCCAAGUACCAGAUUCAGUACCGCGUAGAGGACAGCACCGAGUGGAAGGUGGUUGACAACGUGGGCAACCAAACCUCGUGCCGGCUCGCGGGGCUGAGGCCCGGCACGGUCUACUUCGUCCAGGUGCGCUGCAACCCCUUCGGCAUCUAUGGGUCCAAGAAGGCCGGUAUCUGGAGCGAAUGGAGCAACCCCACGGCCGCCUCGACCCCUCGGAACGGACGGGCGCCGGGGGUCUGCGAACCCAAAAGCGGGGAGCACAACAACACGUUGCGCCGGGAGCUGAAGCAGUUUUUCGGCUGGAUGCGCAAACAUGGAAGUUGCGCAAGCCUGAGUAUCAAAAUGUACGAUCAGUGGCGGGUCUCGCUCCAGAAGUCACACAAAACACGGAACCAGGUAGGUCCUCUCCGGCGAUAAGUCCUAGCGGCAUCCGAAAAGGGCAGAAGAGGAGUAAAAGCAGUGGGGCGGCCGGUUCUCCCGGGUGGCGAGCCGAGGAAUCGGGCAGCAUCGUCGGAAAGGGGGGCGGAAGAACCGCGUGGAGCCGUGUCGGCACCCAAACCCGUCACCAACCGGCCAAUCA